UAUUUUCUUUGUUGCACAUUAUAUUGGUAACUUCAACUCUGUUCAGUGUCAAUUUAUUGAUUUGUAAUGUUGUAAUAAUAUUUUAAAAGAUUAUUGUGACAAUUAAAGAUAGUAUUAUUAAAAGUACCUGCCACAUACCUGGCAGGUUCUGAAUAGAUGGAAGCUGUUAUCAGUAUCAUUAAUAGGUGGGUACCCAGAGAGGUUCAAGGUGGCUACUUUGAAAAAUCACUAAAUUUCAUUUGGAAUUUUAUCUUAAUUUAAUAAGCCACUUUCAGAGGUGAAGGGAAAUGAGGAUUUAUUUAUCACCUACAGUGUGCUAAGCGCUAGAGUGGUAGAAUAAUCAGUAGGACCUAUGUUCAAGGAACUUAAAGUCUGAUGAUGGAGAAAGACAAGUAAAUCAGUGAUUGAGAUACAAUGUGGUAAGAUACUGAGUUACUGUAGUCACUGGCUCAUGUGAGAGCAUAGAAGAGGGGGAUUUAAAUUGCUUUAUUAAUCCUCACAGCUACUUUGUAUUUUUAAUCCCAUUUUUACAAAUAAGGAAAUAGGCCAUGAGAGUAAGUGACUAAAGCCACACAGCUACUAACUUGCAGAAGUGGUAAAAGGACAAACCUAGGUCUGUCUGACUCCCAACACCUCUGUUCCUUCCUUUAUAUAUUUUAAAUAAUUCAAAAAUGUAAGUUUUAUUUUUAUCCAAAAUAGACCUUAUGAAAUUUCUAAUUUUUGAAGUAGUUUUAUAGAUGGUCCCAAUAGGUAAGGAAUAUACUCUACUAAAUUUCAGGUUUUAAUACACCUUUUAUAAGCUUGAGGCCUUUUCCUAUUUCUAGUUCAGAUUGUUCAGUAAUCAUUUCUCCACCUCAGACACACUUAAGUUAGCUUUGGAGGGGCUUUUGCAUUUUGAAGAAUAAAUAAGCAAAAUCCUGCUUCUUUGCUUUUUAUGUCAACAUCCAAAAAUAUUCCCAUUUGUUUAAGUAGGUGAAGCUGAGCCCAGAGCUACGCAUAUAACUAAUCUUAUCAAAAUGUGUGAAAGGAAAGCAAUCUGAAGGAAAUUGGAGACCACAGAAUUUACUGGCUGAAAUACAUUGUAUUUUUCAUACUAAAAGUGGAGAAGGACUAUUUUUUUUCCUGCUAAAAUCACAAUGGAGGCAGAAGAACAGCAACAACCAUGGAAGACAGACUUUUACUUGGAAUUGCCAAAAGUGGAACUUCAUGCCCACUUGAAUGGAUCCAUUAGUUCUAAUACCAUGAAGAAAUUAAUAGCCAAGAAACCAGAUCUUAAAAUCAAUGAUCAGAUGACUAUGAUUGACAAGGGAAAGAAACGAACUUUAGAAGAAUGUUUCCAGAUGUUUCAAACUAUUCAUCAGCUUACUAGUAGCCCUGAAGAUAUUCUAAUGGUCACAAAAGAUGUCAUUAAAGAAUUUGCAGAUGAUGGUGUCAAAUACCUGGAACUAAGGAGCACACCGAGAAGAGAAAAUGCUACUGGAAUGACUAAAAAGACUUAUGUGGAAUCUAUACUUGAGGGCAUAAAACAGUCUAAAGAAGAAAACUUAGACAUUGAUGUUAGGUAUUUGAUAGCAAUCGACAGAAGAGGUGGUCCUUCAGUGGCCAAGGAGACUGUUAAACUUGCUGAAGAGUUCUUCCUUUCUACUGAGGGAAUAGUUCUUGGCCUUGACCUCAGUGGAGACCCUACUGUAGGACAAGCAAAAGACUUCUUGGAACCUCUUUUAGAAGCUAAAAAAGCAGGUCUGAAGUUGGCAUUGCAUCUUUCAGAGAUUCCAAACCAAAAAAAAGAAACACAAAUACUCCUGGAUCUGCUUCCUGACAGAAUCGGGCAUGGAACAUUUCUCAACUCCUGUGAGGGAGAAUCCCUGGAUCUGGUGGACUUUGUGAGGCAACACCGGAUACCACUGGAACUCUGUUUGACCUCAAACAUCAAAAGUCAGACAGUUCCGUCUUACAACCAACAUCAUUUUGGAUUCUGGUACAGCAUUGCCCAUCCUUCUGUGAUCUGUACUGAUGAUAAGGGUGUUUUUGCAACACUCCUUUCUCAAGAGUACCAGCUGGCAGCUGAAACAUUUAAUUUGACCCAGUCUCAGGUGUGGGAUCUGUCUUAUGAAUCCAUCAACUACAUCUUUGCUUCUGACAGUACCAGAUCUGAACUGAGGAAGAAGUGGAAUCAUCUGAAGCCCAAAGUGUUACAUUUUUAAGCUGUAAUGAGGUUAACUACUUUUGAUUAUGUGUUGCAACCAAGAUCUUCCUGCCAUAUCCCACUUAGUAAUCUGUCCACUGCUCCCUUGAAGCAUAACAAUCAAGUACCAUGGGCUCCAUCACCAGCACCUUACACAUGGCGGGUGUUUGGUAAAAAUGUCUUCAACUGACUAGCAGGCUGAGGUCUUCACAUAGCUUACCUCCGUGCUGCUUACUGAAGGAACUUGAGUGUUGUUGCUAACUAAACUCGCCAUUAAAUUAGCAGUGCCUCCCCAUUAGUGGUCAUAAAACAUCAGGGAAAUCAAAGUAGUUUCUCAUCCAGAAAAGCUUUGGGAUUACUAGUCUAAGGUAAAGAAAGAGGGGAAAACAGAUUGCUGCCAAGACCUUUAAGCUUUCUAGCACGUGACAAUAGCUUUAUAUUUUUUUGUGCUUACUUUAAUCAGAUUCCCUUCACUUGCUCUAAUUUUUUAAAAGUAUUCCCCAAGACUAUUGACAGCAGGCCACAGUGCACAUCAUGGAUUUGUGUGAGUGCCCAGUAGUCAGGGUUAAUCUACUGUGAGUGACCCUAGUGACAGAUAAAGCUAGCUGCUGAGAUCUGGCUUUGCCCUUCUCAUGAGUGUCCCAUCAAUAUUUGAAAGGGAUUGAAGUCAUUGCUCCAAUUUAGGAAUAAAAGGUCCAGAAAGCUAGACAAGGGGUGAGAGAGAGAAAAACUGCUGCAGCUUUCAUUUUUAAAACAGCUUCUAUCAAUUUUUCUUUGUGGAAGCUGCCAGGAUUCCCACCCCAGUACUCACUUUCUCCUCAUUCGAAAAGAUCUCACUAGUAGUGACAACAUCGUGGUAAAUAGGGUCUUUGGGUCUCUUGUAACCUCACCCCUACGUGAUGGACCACUGGCGCAGGCUUACAUAAACUCUCACAUGUACCGUGGCCACUCAGCUGAGGACAAGGGACUAACUAAGAUCAGUUCUGAACAGUAAGAAAAAGAAUUUAUUAGAUACUAGGGUAUACUUGAAUUGCUUAAAAUGUAUAUUUGCCCCUGGUAUUAGAGGAAGUUAAGGCUGAUAACACCCCUAAUUUAAAUGACUAAGGGUUUUUCUAUCUGUCUUUUUGUGAUAUUUUAAAAUAUAUAUUUGGUCUUCGACCCUGUUUCCUGGCAACACAACUCCUAAAAUCAUUAGAAUCUCCAAAGUGACGUCUUUUUGUAUGCUAAUAAUUGAGUGAUGACUGGCAGCCUCUAGGUAGCUGGGGGCUGGUCACCAGAAAGACCAAGGCAUGAUUGGUGAUCUCCAGGAAGGAAGAGGGACUGAAGGUUAAGUUGAUCACCAGUACUUUAAUCAAUCAUGCCUACAUAAUGAAGCCUCCAUAAAACGCAAAAGGACAUAUUUCGGAGUGCUUCUAGGUAGUGGAACAUGUGGAGGUUCCUGGAGGGUGGUGUACCUGGAGAGGGCAUGGAAGCUUCUCCUGCCCCCAUACCUUGCCCUAUGCAUCUCUUCGUCUGCAUCCUUUGUACUGUCCUGUAUAAUAAACUAGUAAAUCUAA